UCAAGGCCGCCCAAGUUACCCAAGUUUUGACCAUGGAAGGCCUUCCCAUGACCCGUGGCGGCCUUGCGGGCUCUGCGCUGCGCCCCGCGGGCCCCGCGCCCUCCCUGGCGCCAUGCAGCACGGCGAUGGUCGGAACUGCGCCGCCCGGGCGAGCCGUGACCGUGGCAGCGGGUGCAUUCGCAGUGGCUGUUGCUGGGAAGGCCACUUUGGGCGGCUUGCUGCGUCGCCGCCGCGGCCAGCGCGAAACGCGCGCAACGCGCGUGGCCUGUGCGGCGGUGCCCACGGAGAAACCCUUUCGCACGACCUUGUUCACCAAAGCUGCCCCCGACGGCGUGUCAUUGGGCGAUUGUCCCUUCAGCCACGCGGUGCAGAUUGCGCUGAAGGUGAAAGGUGUGGAUUACGACGUCGUGCCCUGUGGUCCAAACAACAAACCUCCCUGGCUGCUUCAAGAAGUAGCUGGCCAGAUGCCAUGUGUGGUUCAUCAAGGUAUUGCGCAUGUGGAAACCUCUCAGAUUUUGAAGUGGAUCGAUAUGACCUUCCCAGGUCCAAGUUUGGCAGUGCCGGAGGACUAUGCGCAGCUCGUCUCCCGCGCCGCAAUCUUCCCGGCGGUGGCGGAGUUUACCAAGAACAGCGACAGCAGCAAAGACGAUGAUUUAUUGGUGAACCUGCAGAUGUCUUUGACGCGGUUUCGAAUGCAUCUCUUUGCGCUGCCCAUUGGGACGAGAUACGCCGUCAGCGACACCUUGACCCUGGCGGAUUGCGAACUGCUGGCGGCUUUGUACGUCAUCCAAAGUGCCACGGCCUCCUUGAAAGGAUGGAGUCUGAACGACUUGCCAGAGAAAGAUGAAGUUCGGCAAUACUAUGAGCGUGCAGCUGCCCUGCCCGCCUUCUCUCAGAGUUGUUAUCCACCCAACGUGGGCGUCCAGGGCUGGCAGAUGGCCAGACAAUGAGGUAUGGAAGUGAAGACAUCCAUUUUGAAAGUGUCUCACUGAACGCGAAGGAUGGAACAUGUCCAAAGAUAUUCCGAACAAUUAUUUUUGACAUCGGUUUCUCGCC